AUGUUUAUUUUUUUACAACUUAUUUUAUUAAUUUUCUAUGAUGUCGCUGCUCAAUAUGAAAAUGUACAUUAUUCGCCAGAUGUUACGAAUCACAGAAAUUUGAGAUUAUUACAAGAUGAUAUAUGUGGAUCGUACUCGGAAAAUAAAAUCAUCGGUGGUACAUUUUCUGGAAUUUAUGAAUUCCCAUGGAUGGCUUUUCUUGGAAGAAAAUUAGCACGUGAUGAAAGUUCUAAUACUGAAUUUUUUUGCAGCGGCACAAUAAUUAAUGAACGAUAUAUAUUGGCCGCUGCACAUUGUAUUCAACCACUUUCUCCACAUUAUUUUAUAAGUGAAGUAAGAGUUGGAGAGCACGAUACAAAUAGUCCGAAUGAUUGUCAACAAUUUUAUAAUCCGGUGAUUCGUGAUUAUGUAAUUCAAUGCACAGGAGGUUUUAUGACUUAUAGAGUUGAGCAGAUUUUUAUUCACAGAAAUUAUUCAACAGAUUCUCAUAUAAAUGAUAUUGCACUAUUGAGAUUAAGCAGUAACAUUGAUUUUCAAUAUCGACACGUCAAACCCAUUUGUUUACCAAUUGGUACGGCUGCACAAUUUUUAGGACAAAAGGGCACUGCCUGUGGAUGGGGAAAAACAAAAAAUGCACCUGUGAGCACAAUACUUCAGAAAGUGAAAAUUCCUUUAGUGGCAAAUAGUCAAUGUUCUAGGUAUUUCAGCAAUAUUUUCAAUGCUUAUAAGCAAAUAUGUGCAGGAGGAGAGGAAGAUUUUGAUACUUGCACUGGUGAUAGUGGGGGGCCAUUUCAAAAUAUUGGAUUAUAUAAUAAUAUGUACAGAAUGGUUCAAUAUGGAAUAAUUAGCUACGGACCAAGACAAUGUGGCAUGAAUGGGGUUCCUUCCGUUUACACAAAUAUUGCUGUUUACAUGGAUUGGAUUCUAGAUCAUAUGCGAGAUUAAUGAUAAAUUAGAAUUAUUCCAUUUAUUAAAUUUAGUCACUUUUUUUAUUAGCCACUAAAUUUAAUUAAAACCAAAUAUUUUAAAAAACAAAUUGUACAUUUUUUCUUAAUUAGAA